AUGGCGUUCAGCUCCCGGCCGCUGCUGCGGGCACACCAGGAGCGGCUCUGCGUGGGGACACCGAUGGACAGCGGCUCCCAUGGCCCCAGGGGGGACCAGGGCAGGGCCAGGAGGCUGCAGGACCCCUCGGGAGAGCCCAGCCAGCAGCCGGCCGUGCCACAGGGGCACCCACGGGCACCAGAGCUCCUGGAAGCCCACAAGCACCACGUGGCUGAAAUCCAGGCCAGGACCCAGCAGCUGGAGCAGCAGAGAGCAGAGCUCUGCCGGCGCCUGGCAGUGCUGGCGGAUGAGCAGCUGCAGCUGAAGCCCAGGCGAUCCCCAGAGGCACUGCGGGGCCUCAGCACCCUGCCGGGGGAAGCACCCAGGCUGCUCCCCAGGAAGGCUCCCAGGUGCCCCCAGUUGGCCCAUUUCCACCCCAGGACCGCCCUCCACCUCAAUGCCCUCCUGCCGCCCGCCGGGCCGCUUGCUGCUGAGGCCAGUGGUGGCCAUGACGCGGCCAUCCUGGCUCAGCUGCUCGACCUCCAGGUGGAGGCCACAGCUCUGGAGAAAAGGGCAGCGCAGAGGACAGAGUGCCGCAGGGCUGGCACGCAGGACCUUGAUGCCAUGCUGCUGGCCGUGGAGCUGGAGAACCAGCGGCUGGAGGAUGAGCUCCUGGCACUGAAGGUCCGGAAGGCGAGGCAAGCUGAUGCCAGCUUGCUGGCGGCCCAGCAGCACAUGGAGGACCUGGCCCAGCUGCAGGCAGAGGUGGGGAUGCUGAGGCGCCAGGCGGAGGGGACGGGGCCGCGGGCGAUCCCCCCUGUCUUCCCACCUCCCCAGCUCCCGCCAGCCCGAUCUCUGCCGGGGUUUCACAUGGAGCCUCCAGGACCAGCCCUGGGGCCCAGCCACCCCCCAGCCCCCAGCCGCCCGCCUGCCGCCCCCAGCCUCUCCACCAUCCCCAUUGCAGCCCUGGAGGACCCCCCUCCUGCUCGGGAGCCGCCAGCAGAGCAUGGAAACCCCUGGAGACACAUCCCAAGCCACUUUUAGGAGACGCUUCACAGGCUGUACCCGUGGCUCCAGCCAGGAAGCAGCAAAAACCACAGCAAGAAUUCCUCCCACAUAGUGGAUGCCCUGUGCUGGGUGUUUAAUAAAUGGCUUCCCCUGCUACU